AUGAAGCUGCCAAGUAUGGCAACUCGGCUGAACUGUGUGAGCCUGCAACAUGGAAUGGACAUCAACAGCCAGUGUGAAAAUGGCUACACUGCAAUUCACAGAACGGCGAAGUGUGGUGACACCUCAGCUGUAAACUGGCUGCUGGAGUCAGGUGCCAAUGUCACUGUGUGGAGUGACUGGCAGCAGACUACCCUCCACGUAGCAGCAGCAUACGGCAGACAGGGUGUCGUGAUGGUCCUGCUGUUUCACGGUGCGGACAAAGACGCGUGGGACGGCUGUGGGCAGAUGGCUUUGCAGAUUGCCGCCACAUAUGGUGAAGCAGCUGUUGUGAACCUGCUGUUGCGGUUGGAGGCGGACCAGUGUGCUGCCGGCUAUGGUAGGACACCUCUCUAG